AUGCAAGUUCAGAUUUUUUAUCAAGGGUUGAAUGCUCCAACACGAACAAUAGUUGAUGCUACUGCAGGGGGUACUCUAUUAGCCAAGACAGCUGAUGAAGCCUUCACCUUGAUGGAGGAAAUGGCCACCAAAAGUUAUCAGUGGCCUAAUGAGAGGUCAGGCCCAAGGAAAGUUGCUAGGUUAUAUGAAGUUGAUCAGAUGACAGCCAUGAAUGCCCAAAUUGCUGCUCUACGAAACCAAAUGAUUGCUCUAUCAGCACAAAAUAAUCCAACGGUUAUGGAGAGUGUAGCAGCGGCUACUGCAAUGCAGGGGCAAGAAAUGAGUCCAGAACAAGCCCAGUUUAUGGCAAAUUUCUCCUUCCCCAAUAACUACAGAAGCAACAUCAUGCCUAAUUAUUAUCAUCCAGGAUUGCGCAACCAUGAAAAUUUCUCUUAUGCCAAUAAUAAAAAUGUGCUGCAACCACCUCCGGGAUUCAAUUCUCAACAGCAACAAGAGAAAAAGAAAUCGUUGGAAGACAUUUUGGGCACUUUUAUUAUGGAGUCUAACAAGAGGUUUGGAAAAAAUGAAGCAAGACUUGACAAUAUAGAAACCCAUAUGCCUAACAUGGGUGCUUCAAUGAAGAAGAUUGAGACUCAAGUGGGCCAAUUAGCUAACGCCGUGAAUUCUAAUCAUAAGGGAAGUUUUCCUAGUGACACUGUGGUAAAUCCAAAGGAAUCAUGCCAAGCAGUUUCUUUGAGAAGUGGUAAGGUGCUUGAUGAGGGUAAUGUUCAAGCUAGUUUAAGUGAGAAAAUUGAGCCAGUGGUACGAGAGGUAGACAAAGAAGAGCAAGCCAAGAAGCAGAGUGGAAGUGACAAGAAUGACAUGAAGAAAGAUAGACUUCCAUUGUAUCAACCUCCCAUUCCAUACCCUCAACGAUUUCAGAAGAAGAAAUUAGAUUAA